CACAACACAAAUGUAUUUUUAGGAAAAAAUAUGCAUAAUGCUGAGCUCCACUCGCCUCACAAGAGGUGGAGUUUGGACCUGACAGUUUACUAUGGUCAUUGUUUGAUUUAUCCAGAGCUCAGGUGCAAUGCACUAAGAGACCUGCCUGCCGCCCGGCUCUGCUGAACUUCGAUCUGCAGAGAGCGAUAUCAGUGUCUGUCCAUCUACCUUAUCAACAGAUUAGUCGGAGAAAAAAAACAACUUUUUAACCUGCUGUCCAACUGUUAGUGAGAGGAGUGGGUCUGAUAAGGACAGUCAGCUCUCAGAUAGUUCAGUUCCACUUUGGAGCAGAGCAGUCCCGGACAGUGUUUUGGACCUCUGAUCCAGAAGCCAAGGAGAAUCUCCAGACAAUCUUCAGAGAGCAUUUGAAAGAUUGUAUUCCCAAAACCAGGCAGAAGCAUCAUGUUAAGCAAAGAUCUUCCAGAUAUUGAGAGCAUCCUGGCUCUGAAUCCCAGGGUGAAGACUCAUGCUCAGAUCAUGUCCACGGCGAACAAGAAGAAAGAAAAGAAACACUGGAAAAGAAACCCUGAUAGGAACUGUGAUUCUUGCGUCAAAUUAGAAAACAACUUUGAUGAUAUCAAACACACAACGCUCAGCGAGCGUGGAGCUCUACGAGAAGCACUGAGGUGUCUAAAAUGUGCAGAUGCUCCCUGUCAGAAGAGCUGUCCUACUAACCUGGACGUAAAGUCAUUUAUUACAAGCAUCUCUAAUAAGAACUACUAUGGGGCAGCACGAGCCAUCCUUUCUGACAAUCCCCUGGGUUUGACCUGUGGAAUGGUUUGUCCCACAUCAGAGCUGUGUGUGGGGGGUUGCAACUUAUAUGCUUCUGAAGAGGGACCCAUUAACAUUGGAGGGUUACAGCAGUUUGCUACAGAGGUGUUUAGUAAGAUGGGCAUCGCUCAGAUCAGGAAUCCUGAACUCCCACCAGCCAAUGAGAUGCCAGAGUCUUACCACACCCCUAUAGCUCUGAUUGGUUGUGGCCCAGCGUCAAUCAGCUGUGCUUCCUUCUUGGCCCGUCUUGGAUAUGAUAACAUUACCAUAUUUGAGAAACAGAAGUACACUGGAGGGCUGAGUAUAUCAGAAAUCCCUCAGUUCCGGCUUCCCAUUGAGGUUGUCCAGUUUGAAAUAGACCUGAUGAAGGACUUGGGAGUCAAGGUGGUGUGUGAGAAGGGUCUAGGUAUUGACGGGAUGAAUCUGUCGUCCUUGAAAGAGGAAGGAUUCAUGGCUGUCUUCAUCGGGAUUGGUCUUCCUCAGGCCAACAGAGCUAAAAUCUUCCAGGGUUUAACAAUGGAUCAAGGCUUCUUCACUUCCAAAGACUUUCUGCCCAUGGUGGCCUCAGCCAGCAAGAAAGGUAUGUGUCAGUGUCGCUCUUCUCUGCCACAGUUAAGAGGCGUAGUGAUAGUUUUGGGAGCUGGUGACACUGCGUUUGACUGCGCCACCUCGGCUCUUCGCUGUGGAGCCAAGAGAGUCUACGUCUGCUUCAGGAAGGGGUUCACCAACAUCAGGGCUGUUCCAGAGGAGAUGGAGUUGGCCAGAGAGGAGCUGUGUGAGUUCCUUCCCUUUCUGUCUCCUCGUGAGGUCAUCAUGAAGAACGGUCGGGUUGCCGGGUUGCAGUUCUGUCGCACCGAGCAGACAGAGGAAGGCGACUGGCUGGAAGACGAGGACCAGGUUGUCAGGCUGAAGGCUGAUUACAUCAUCAGUGCCUUUGGUUCCAUGCUCAACGAGCCGCAGGUGACUGAGGCCAUGAGUCCCGUGAAGCUGACCCGUUGGGGUACUCCCGAGGUGAACACAGACACCAUGCAGACCAGUGAGCCCUGGGUGUUUGCCGGAGGAGACAUCGCCGGUUUGGCAAACACCUCGGUGGAAUCAGUGAACGAUGGCAAACAGGCCUCCUGGCACAUUCACAGAUACAUACAGUCCCUGCACGGACAGACGGUGGACACAGUUCCGAAGCUGCCGUUGUUUUACAGUGCUAUAGAUCAGGUGGACAUCAGUGUUAAUGUUUGUGGAAUAAAGUUCCCCAACCCGUUCGGCCUGGCAUCUGCUCCUCCCACCACCAGCACAGCUAUGAUCAGAAGAGCAUUUGAGCAAGGAUGGGGCUUUGCUCUGACCAAGACGUUUGGACUGGAUAAGGACCUGGUGACCAACGUGUCUCCUCGUAUUGUGCGUGGCACUACCUCAGGUAAUGUGUACGGACCGGGUCAAGGCUCCUUCCUCAACAUCGAGCUCAUCAGUGAGAAGACGGCAGCAUACUGGUGUGAGUCGGUUACCGAGCUAAAGAAGGACUUCCCUAAUAAUGUGGUGAUCUCCAGCAUCAUGUGCAGUUACAACAAGGAAGACUGGACAGAAUUAGCAACGAUGGCAGAGAAAUCAGGAGCCGAUGCAUUGGAGCUGAACUUGUCUUGUCCUCAUGGGAUGGGAGAGAGAGGAAUGGGACUGGCCUGUGGACAGGAUCCGGUGUUGGUGCGUAACAUCUGUCGGUGGGUGCGGGCAGCCAUUUCCAUUCCGUUCUUUGCCAAACUGACACCAAACGUUACCAAUAUCGUCGACAUUGCCAAGGCUGCUCAUGAAGGUGGAGCAGAUGGAGUAACAGCCACCAACACAGUCUCAGGUAUGAUGGGACUGAAGGCCGAUGGCACCCCCUGGCCGAGUGUUGGAAAGGGCAAACGCACCACCUAUGGAGGGGUGUCUGGUAAUGCCAUCAGACCCAUUGCUCUCAGAGCAGUAUCGGCCAUUGGCAGAGCAAUUCCCGGUUUCCCGAUUCUGGCCACUGGUGGUAUCGACUCGGCAGAGACUGGACUGCAGUUUCUUCACGCUGGGGCCUCAGUGUUACAGGUGUGCAGCGCAGUCCAGAACCAGGACUUCACAGUGAUUGAGGAUUACUGUGUGGGUUUGAAGGCCUUGCUGUACCUGAAGAGCUUGGAGCUGAAGGACUGGGACGGUCAAUCUCCCCCAACAGAGAAACAUCAGAAGGGAAAACCAGUUCCCAGACUGGAAGACCUGGUCGGACAGAGCCUCCCCAGCUUUGGUCCAUACCUCCAGCAGAAGACAGAAGCCAUCGCAGAGUACAAGAAAAAGCUCAGAGACACUGGUGAGACUGAAGCGGUGGAAGCCAACAUAAACCAGCCCGCCCAAAGGGUCAGCAUGCCCAAAAAGCCUGUUCCGGCUGUCAAGGAUGUGAUAGCCAGAGCGCUGCGCUACAUCGGAGCAUACCAGGAACUUAAAAACACGGAGCAGGUCCAGGCUCUGAUAGAUGAAGAGAUGUGUAUCAACUGUGGUAAAUGUUACAUGACCUGCAAUGACUCUGGAUACCAGGCUAUAGAGUUCGACCCCGAGACCCACUUUCCCAUGGUGAAUGACAGCUGUACCGGCUGCACACUGUGCCUCAGCGUCUGUCCAAUCAUAGACUGCAUCAAGAUGGUUACCAGGACAACACCCUAUGAACCCAAGAGAGGUGUGCCCAUUAGUCCUGUCUGCUAAAGGGAAAGACAAACCAAAAAGUACCUAUUUAAUAAUGGAGAUCAGAUAUUAUAAAGUUCAGCUUUAAUUAAUCUGCCACGUGAUGUUUGAGACAUUUGUAAAACUACUGUUAUCCAGUCAUGUGGACGAUGUAAAGAGUUCAAAAAGGUUAAAAAACAGACAUUGAACGUGUUUAUCUGUUUAUGGAAAAUUUUGUCUUGAUUUGAAUACAUACUAACACUAAUAAUAUCACUGGAGAGACCUUUUUAAAUAAUAA